AUGCCAAGAGUAACGCGAACACCGAAACCCACAUCGAAACCCGAGCAUGCGGAGAACCCGACAAAUCCAGAAGCUUCAGGAAGCAGUAUGAUCGUGGGUGCAGACACGGUUUCGGCGAAGCACGUGCGUACGCCGAUUAUCGAUUCUCCUGGAGCGUCAGUGUGCACCAUGGAUAAAGGAGAAAAGCCAACAACCGAAGCGGUUAGUGGCGUUAUAAUACCGUCGACAACGGAGAUGGAUCAGAAGAAGCCGAGCGUGCCCCAGAUGUCUGACAGACGAGGCAGGCGAGUAAACUCGCACACUGUAGACAUACCUAGACGACGGACUACCGAAACAGGACAAUGUUGUGUCGUUUGCAAUAAGAACUGCAAGUUAUUAACUGAAUGCAAAACUUUUCAGCAAAUGACACGUCAGGAGCGUUGGGAGGUGGUGAACCGGAACGCGCUUUGUAGGAGUUGCCUGCAGCAAUACAAAGGCCCACCCGAAGCGUGCUGCAGUUUUCAACUGUGUGGAAAACACGGAUGCGUGCGGAAACAUCAUCAGCUGCUGCACAACGAGCAUCAAGGAACCAACCCGUCGUUGCAACAGCCUCGCAUCGAUCCAAAUCUAAACGUGUCCCACAACACCCACCUAUCGGUAUCCGGGUCGGUGUUGUUGAAAUACGUACAAAUAACGGUUGUAGGUGCGGGGAAGCAGAUCGAUACGUUUGCACUCCUGGACGAAGGAUCGGAAUUAACGCUCAUCGAUCAAGCGUUAGUCGACGAGAUGGAACUGAAUGGAAAGCUCAACCCGCUCAGCGUCAAGUGGUCCGAUGGCACGAUCAGGACGGAACCAAAGUCGCAAAUGGUAAACAUUCAGAUUGUUGCUGCAGGGCGAAAGUUCACUUUGAAGAAGGCUAGAACAGUAGCUCAUCUCAAGCUCACACCUCAGACCGCAAAUAUGACUCAUCUGGCUGAUCGAUACCAACAUCUUAAAGGCUUGCCGUUAGUGUCUUAUGAGAAUGCUACACCGCGGAUACUCAUCGGUGCGAGUCAUCCCCAAAUAGCAGCAGCACGGAAAAUAAAAGAAGGACGCUACGGGGAGCCACUAGCAGCAAAAACGAGCCUAGGCUGGACAGUAUACGGUCCAGUAGGAGGUAUCGCGGGUAAAUCAUCGAGUCCACCAUCGUUAUACAUUCAUCGCUAUGAGGACAACGUAGACGCAGAUAUGCACCGUGCCCUGUUGGAGUAUUUCUCGCUAGACAAUAUGGGCGUGACAAAACCUGCAAAACCGCGGAUGGCCGCCGAUGAUGAGCGCGCGAUGAACAUUCUUCAAACCCGCACCAGUUUCAACGGAACGCGUUAUGAGACAGGACUACUCUGGCGUUUUGAUAACGUUAACUUGCCACCAAACAAAGAUAUGGCGCUGCGCAGACAUCAAAACCUAGAGAGACGUAUGGAAAAGUACCCAGAGCUUGCUCGUGUGCUCAAGCAAACCAUAUCGGAUUAUUGUCGGAAGGACUACAUACGUGAACUUUCCACAAUCGAACAAGCAGACGACCAGUGGUACCUUCCCAUUUUUCCCGUCGUUAACAUUAACAAACCUGGGAAAGUCAGAAUAGUGUGGGAUGCAGCUGCCAAAACUUACCAAGGGCUAUCCCUGAAUUCUAUGUUAUUGAAAGGACCUGAUCUCGUCACUCCAUUGUUCGACAUCCUACUUCGUUUCCAGGUUCAUCGCAUUGGUAUAGCCGGAGAUAUCCGCGAGAUGUUCCAUCAAAUUGGCAUCAUCGACGAGGACCAACGGUACCAGUGUUUUUUGUGGACAAAGGACGAUGGGAAACCAGCAGUGUACGCAAUGAAAGUCAUGACCUUUGGAGCUUGCUGCUCGCCAUGUACGGCACAAUACAUCAAGAACCUCAACGCAGAUCAGUAUCAAGCUAGUCAUCCAGAGGCCUGGAGUGCUAUCGUAAAGUCUCAUUACGUGGAUGACUUGCUGAUAAGUGUUAAAACGGAGGCAGAGGCGGCGAAGCUGAUCAACGACGUAGGCCUGGUACAUGCAGCAGGGGGUUUUGAGAUCAGGAAUUGGAUCUCAAACUCCACAGAGGUCAUGUCAGCGGUUCAGAAGAGCAGUCCCGUCAACAAAUAUCUAGAUCUUUCCUCAGAACCAUCGAUGGAAAAAGUAUUGGGAUUGUGGUGGGACAUCCAGAGCGACAUGCUCACCUAUAAAAUCGGCUGGCAACGUUUUGACGAGGAGUUAUUGACCGGCCUAAUUGCACACUAUCUGUGCUUUUUGAAGGUAGUGAUUCAGGAUGUUUGGCGAUCUGGCGUCGACUGGGACGAAGAGGUGAACUCAGCAGAAUACAACGAGUGGAUUAAACGGGUGGAAGUUUUGCCACAAGUGGAACAAUGCCACAGCAUGGCCGUAUUUACGAGACCUUCGGUGGAAGCGGCUGGCAGAUAG